GCCAACUUUCGCGCACAAGAGCUGCUCCGGGAACUGGCUCUGAGUGCUCAGUCCCCAACGAACCUUCGUUCGGUGUAGAAGCGUUACUGACGGAGCUCUCGCGCUUGGAGAGGCAUGUCUACUGGUGUGUAAGGUUCAGAAGAAGCACAGCAUCAGAAGAUGAAGUUAUCACUUUUUAUAGGAUUGUGUUUCCUGACAGACUUACUCAGCGCUCAGACAUGGAGGAAACAGAAGAACCCGGACGUUCCUCCUCAUGGCCAGAAGUUAGGGCCACUGAAUUCGGAACUGCCCGUGGUGCGGUUUGAAUGCGCGGGGAGAGGAGGAGGUUAUUAUGGUGACAUGGAUUUUGGAUGCAGCAUUUUCCACUAUUGUACCGCUGACGGUACAAGGUACACUUUCAAGUGCACCAAGGGUCUGAAAUUCAAUGAGAUGACAACAUCAUGCAGCGCUGGGUUUUUUGGAGACUGCUCUCACCCAGAAAUAGUGGGGUCUGCUGGUCGAAACAUGACAGCUGAACCAGCUCCUGUCAAAAGUUUCCAAAACAUACCAGUUUUUAAAGGGGAAGAAAAGAGUUAUGUUGAUGAUCCUAGAGAUUAUCCAGAACCUUUCAUACAACACUAUGAUCCUGCUUUGGACCUUAAUUAUGAUUAUUAUGAAGAAGAAGAUACAAACCCAGGAGUACAAGAUGCCCAGCCCUCUGCAAGCAACAUUCUUCCCAACAAAAAUUAUGUUCAGUCAGAUUCCAUUCGAAGUACUGGCAUGGAAUCUGCAUUAUCUGCAUUUGCAUCACUGGUUAAUGUGCCUUUGGAUAGCUCUUCAAAUGCUAAGGCAAGAAUCGACAGGAUGGACCUUGAAGAUCCUGCUGAAUAUGUGAAUAACAUUGACCGUGCAUUUGUUGCUCGGCCACCAUUGCAUGGAAGCAUAUCCGAGAGGGAAAAUUUACAACAGCCCUUAAAGUAUUCAAAUUACAAAAGUGGACCUAAAAAGAUUGUUGGAAUUGGCAGUUUUUCUGGGUACAGCCAUAACCUAAUACCAGUCAGCCCUCCUCCACUGUAUCCAAUGCCUCCAACUGAAAAUUAUCACAGUAAUCAAAAUCGGUUAAGCAUUAAUCCGUCAAGUAAACAGUUCCAGAAUAUCAUACCUUAUAACUCAAAGGAUUCACAUGCAUCUCAAGAUGAAAGCAUACAUCAGACGACUCCAGAUACAUUCCGUCCUUCUUCUCUUAUGACAGACAAUCCAGAAGAUUUCCAGCCUGUGUCAAACUCUGAUGAUGAACAAUCAGAGCAUAAACGUCCCUACAGGCAAGCACCUCAUCAAUCAGAUCAUGGAUUAUUUCCUUCCAAUUUUCAGACUUUUUCCCCAACACCAGGUCCCUUUGCUUCCACUAGAUUUCCCCAAGGGCACAUUGCAUUCGGAGGCCCAUCGUCUUCCCAAAGAGGAUUUGAAACAUCAGGAGGAUUUUUACCAGCACCAAAUUUCCCUUCCUCUGGCAAUUUUGUAUUUAACCAACCACCAAUACACCCAGCAGUGUUCAAUGCCCCAUUUCGUUCAGUUUCACCACAAUCUGGACCAGUAUUUAACAGACCUAGGCCAUUAACUCACACUACUUCAACUUUUAGUAAUUCACCUCCAGAGCAUCAUACUCAUUUCAUUCAUCACCCCGCACCACCUCCUCCACCCCCUCCUCGUGGACACAGCUUUGGACCUCCCCCUGAUGAACCAACUAUAUUUCGACCUCAAAGUCAGCAAAAUGAUAAUACAUUUAUACAUAGUAACAGUUUCAUCAAUUCCCCAAGUCAUAAACCUCCAUCACCUCCAACAGUGCGCAAUUUCAUUCAUCACACAACUCCAUCAUCACUUCACACUUUUGCAAGCUCACCAGCACAAAAUACCUUCUCAUCAGAUUUGCUAACCAGACCUACACCUACUUCUGGAUUCAUCUCAACACCAUCUCCUUCCCAAUUUAAUGCUGAUCACCAAAAUCCAUUUAAUUUCCAACAUGAACGGCCACUCCUAGAAUCAUUCCCAAACAUUGUACAGUCAGGUGAAUCACAAACCACAGAUUUGCCUCCUUUGUUCUCAAAGGAACCUGUUCAUCAUGAUUUUACAUUCCCUAUUUCAUCCACGGCAAGACCUUCAUUAUUCACAAAUCUUGAGGAGAGUGACCCUCGGGAUACACUGUCAGAUGAAAGACCUAAGGUACAAGCCAACCUCCCACCAUCUCUUGAUCCUCGCCCUAAUAGAAGGAGACGACCAGUUGCUAGUCGACAACCUGUACCAGUUGCUAACCUGCAACCAGUACCAUUAACUACAGCACGGCCGGUACCAUUCAGUACAGUGCGGCCAGUAUCCUUUACAACACAGCAACCCCUAACAUUUUCAAAAAGACCACCAUCAAGGACAAUCAGAAAAAAUAUUGCCAGUAGAGUACAAGAUGCAAAUCCAACUCUUGUAACUGGUUUAGAAAAUUCUGAAUUUCACAGCCAAUUCUUACAGCCUGAUGGAAAACAUCCAAGCAGCCCCAAACUUCAAACAGAUGUUGUAGAUACAUACACAGAAUUUGAUGAUUCACAGCUUCGAGAACCUGACUACCAGCAAUCAGAUGAUUUUAUCUCUGAUACUGAUUUUAUCUCUGAUACUGAUUUUAUCUCUGAUACCGCCUCUCAAAAUGUUGAUAACAGUGAUAUUUUCUAUGAAACGGAAGAAGAAUCAAAUAAUAUUGUUGAACAUGGAAAUGACUAUGAUGAUGUUACUGAUACACCUACCACAAGUCCUGCACCACCAUCAACUACAACACAAAAGCCACCAGUAACAUUCAGGGGACCCAUACUGCGUCGAAGACCAAACCUAAGGAAUCGUGUACGCACAAGAUUACCAUCAAGAGACCAGACUACACCUCAACCUAAUCAGUCUGAUGAAAGUAUAGAUACAAAUGUUGAUAAAAAUUCUUCAGAUCAUCCUGAAACAAAUGGUCCAUCAACCCUAACAACAGCCUCUCCUUUCCGACAGAGAGUUCAAGAACGUCUUAAUAGGUUUAAGGAGCAAAAACAAGGCACUGAGACAUCAAGCACCACAACAGAGUCCCCAGAUGAAGUUGAUACCAAAGAUUUAGAAAGUGAACCUGAUUCAGAAAGUGAAACUACUGCACCAAGAAAACCUACUGGCUUCAGGAAUACAAAUUCUGACCGCUUCCAAAAUUAUCGAGAUAGGCUACGCAACCGACUGCGGAACAGAACUCCCAGAACCACAGUAGCUCCAACUCCCCCUAAAAGUAGCAACAGUCAGGCCACCUCUAGACCAAGCUCUUUACUUACAGGUCAGAGGAACAGGCGUAUUGGUCCUUUGAAAAGUAGACGGGAAGAAAAAGAGGACUCUGAAGAUGUGGAUAGUGAAUCAGCAAAUGGUGGUGUAACAAAGGAACUUGUAAAUGCAGAGGGGGAGCAUACUAAAGACUCUGCAGAUGAAGUUUCCCAUACUGAAGAGGCAACACAUGAAGUUCCCCACACUGAAGAGGCAGCACAUGAAGUCCCUCAUACUGAAGAGGCUACACAGCUAAACAGUGAACCUAACAAUGAUCAACAGGUUCAAGAAACUAGUCAUAGUCUAAUACAGAAGCCUCCUCCCUCUUUGGAGAUAUCAACAUCUGAGUCCAAUCCAUCUGAUGACAGCAAGAGUAACGAUGCUGUUGUUGUGGAAAAAACUGAAGAUGAAAUGCCUAAAAAAGCUGAAGAUACUGGCACAGAUUCCACUGAUUUAGGAAAUGGCAGCAAUGAUAACAUGGAAGAGAAUCCUGACCACAUAGAAAAUGCUCAGAAAGAUACAGAUCCCAAAAGAAGACGAAUAAUUAAUCCUAAUUUCCGUGCUCGUUUUAGAGAGUUCAUAAAAAACCGAAAGAAUCGCUCAGAUACAAAUGAUACUACAGCCUCUCCAGAUACAACAGGUGAGGGAAUGGAGGACCAAUCAAACACAAAAGAGACCCCAGAAGUGGUCCUGGAUGAAAACUCAAAUUUGAGUUUUAAAGAGAGAAUGGAGCAUUUUAAUAAAAAUCGUGAAAACAUUAGAAAACGAUUUCUUGCAAACAGACAAACCAGUGAAGGAGAACGUUCAGCAAGAAGAAUACCAGUAAGACCAUUAAGAAACAAAUUAGUUGAUGGAAAUGGUAAAAAUAAUGAAAACCAACCAGCUGCUGGAAGUGGUAAAAAUAAUGAAAGUCAACCAGCUACGGAAGAAGUAAAAUCUGAGAGCACUUCUCCUGAAGCUCGUGAAGAAGUAGAUGACAAGCCUGAUAACAGUGAUAACUCUCAGGUUCAGAAUAAAAGGAACUCUGUUAUAGUCAACAAAGUCACUGAUGGAUUUACACCUGCUUUAAGUCCAAUUCAUGUUAAAUCACCCUUGAUUGAACAUCUUUCUAUACAAGGGGCUACUACUCCAGUACAAGAAGCAGAAAUAAUAACUGCUCCUCCAUCUGCAAGGGCUGAAGAUUCUGUUGCUACUGUCAAAGUAUCUGCAACAUUAAUGGGAGACUCAAAACCCCCAUUGAAAAAUGAAGACACUGUAACUGAAAAACCUAUACAAAUUGUAGAAGAAACUGGAUUAAUAUCUGAUGGAACAAAUGAUGAAGAAAAAGACUUCCCACCUUCAACUAAGGAACAUGUGGAAGAACAAUUGAUGGAAACUCAAAACACUCCAGCAAAUAUUUCUUUGGGUACAAAAGAUGUCCAUGUGUUUCAAACUGCAAACCAAUCUGGUGAACAAAAUCUUCAUACAGAACCCAAAAAUAAAUAUCUGCCAGAAGACAAUAGGCAAAGUGAAACUGUAACACUCACCCAAUCCCAACCUGAAUCAAAGAUUUCUUACCUUCCUUCAUCAAAAGCAGAGUUGCAGUUACCCAAAGAUACUGAAAAUAAUACACCCAAAAUUUCUGGCAUCGAUGCUUUACCCAAAGAAGACACUAAAGACACCAAUGCAGAAAAGCAAUCAGAUUCAGGCAAGCCACAAGGAACAGGAGAUGAUCAUCCAGGACUAUCUGAAUCACAUCCAAAUGAACGACAGAGAACAAUAUCAAACACUGAAGUAAAAACACAGGAAAAUCCUAAUACUGGUACUAUUCAGGCAGCAAAUGCUGUUACCCGUAUGCCUAAAGUCACCACAGAAUCAGAGUCUACCAGAGUCUCAAAGCCAACAUUUGACCUCAGUGGUGUAGGUAACAAGAAUGCAAACACUGAAUCUUCGGCUAUCUCUGCGUCUGACUUCAGUGAAGAAUUGUCGGAUAAUGCAACCCCAGUGUCACUCUUACCAAUUACAAUGUCUACUGAUCCCCCGAAAUUGCCGUUGGAAAUGCUAUUACCUUUGUUUAGAAGACGUUGAAAGAUGAACCUGUGCUCAGGUAUUUGUUAUUACUGUGUGCUGAAUAUUUUUUAACUUUUUAUUGGACAUUUUUUCAUGACCCUGUUAUCUUAUUAGAAACUGUCCUGUUGUGUGAAUAAGGGAAGUUCAGCAAGACUAUUUGAUUGUUAUUAAAGUCAACAAAUCUACUAAAAGAAACCUUAAUCAGCAAUCAUAUUUUGCUGUUCUGAAGUUUUUCUUUUAUUAUAAAUAAGGUUUAUCUUUUUUUUGAGAAAUUGAAUUAAUGUUAAUGAAAUCUCAAUUUCUCUAAAGUGGUGAGUGUGUGCGUGAAAGAACAAAGUUUAUAAACUUCCAGUCAAAUGGGUGAAAUCUAUUUAACAUGAUUUUACAGCUUGAUAGCAGAAGUCAUUAUGCUGAAAGUCAUGAGCUCAUUCAAGAAUUAUUGUAUAAAUAAGUUAAUAUAAACACUAAUCAUUUUAUGAAUCAUAAUCUUGUUCUGCUAAUUACACAUAUGAUUUAAAACAAUUGGCAGAUCAGGUUUACUUACAUAUUUAGUUUGCCAAUUGUUUAAGUUAAUGGAAAAUAAAGAUGAUGGUAAGGUGUUUGGUCCCGUUGCUGAACAACCACUGUUUCCAUGCAAUGUAAAAACACCAUAUAAUCAAACUAAGGUGUUUGGUGAAGUACUCUGUUCUCAUUUUAGGUAAACAUAAUUACUGCAGAAAAAUAUUGUUAAGCUAGUAAAAUACAUUUGUAAAUUAGAUUCCCUAUCAAUCGUGUUUAUAACAUUUGGUUAAAACUCCUAAAAAUAAACAUCACCCACAAACCAUUUCACAUAGACAAGGAUGAUGCUUAUUUUCAUUUUUGUAAUGAUAAACAUUAUAUAUUACAGCAUAACAUUGUAGUAUAUAAAAACAAACUUACAGUUUUCACAUUGAAAGUUCAGCCAUAUUGGUGAAGCCUGUACAGUAACUUUGAACACUCACUCACCCGAUAUGAGUACUUUUGUAUUCUGAAAGAGAAUUGUUGAAAUCAAAUUUACUAGAUGGACAUUCAAGAGACAUGACUUGUCAUGCAUAUGGGAAUUUUUUUUUCCCUAGAGAUAUGGCUCAUCAUGCAUAUGGGAAAUUUUUUUCCCCAGGGUUUGAGGAGGAAAUAGUAUUGCACAGACAUUCAAAUUGAAUCCAAAUUAUCUUAAAUGUUUAGAUCAGUAGGAUUUAAUUAGAAUGUGCAGACACUGCAGUGAACUUUAUCUAGCCAUUGACAACUAAACCUGCAGGAAAAGCAUGGUCAACCAAUUCUGGCACUCUUCAGUGAUUUUUGUUUUUGCAAUAAAAAAAAUGAAAUCACAACACAUUGCCCCAGAUGGAAUCUCAUGAAUGAAACAUUACAGUGGUUUUCUUUGUAGAUGAGAAUCAGUGUUACACUAUCUCUGCUGUUCGACUUUGCUCAGAGUUGUUUUCUUUAUGCUGUCAUAAUGCCAGUGACAUUAUAUUUCAGUUCCUGUAUAUAGAUAGAUGUAUUUAAUCUUUACCAUUAAGCUUUUAUAUUUAUUUUGUCUAUGUCUCUUGUACAAAUAAAUGACAAAGAAAGA